UACUUGGUAGAUUUUAUCUAUUUUUUAUUUCAUGAAGUUGAUCAACUUGACUUCUGAGAGGCUCAAGCAAUAAAAAUAACGAUAAUAAUUCCCUAGAUAAUCUUGACAAAAACAUACUCAAUUCCGCAUUUUUUCAGAAAGAAACAUUCCCUUCUUGAAUCCUCGAGAGAAAAGAUUAACACUCGAUACCACCGAAAGCUUUUGGAAGCAAAGACAAUUUUGUAAAAACGACUCUGUCAGAACUGCUGGAUCAGGAUCGCCGAAUGAAAUAUUGCGAUUCGAAGACAAUCAAGCAGCUAAAGCUGUGAACGUAGAAGGAGACUAUAAAAAUACCAACGAAAAAACUUUGAUGGAUUACAAUGGUCCACUUAUAAUGGAAGCUCUCGAUGACACGAGUGAGCAAGAUCUUCCAAAUCACAUUCGUGUCAAGAGAAACGAACCAAUCCUUCGUCAAUCAAGCUUUGUGAAUUUGCUUGACUCGUUUCCACGAAAUUCCUGGCAUGAGAUCAAUGGUACAAGUGCAUUCAGAGAUUCAACAUUCAAAGGAUCGUUUUUGGAUCGAUUUGAUAUCCUUAAGACUCCUUAUGGAAUCAUCGUAGAUAAUGUCACCUCGCACUCGCGACAUAAGAGAGGAGUCCUGUCUAAAAAUCACAAGAAACGCGUGAAAGGAAACGUCAGACAUGCAAAGCAUCGUGUUGACAUCAAGAACCAAAGAAAAAAGCAUGGUGUAUCGAAGUUUCUCCAUCGGCCUGUUACAAAAAAGACAAAUAGUCCGAGUUCGACAAAAAGAAGCAAGAAUAUUCGAGAAAUCAGGAUGUCUAAACAAAUCGACGAAUCACGAGUAAAAUCCAGGAUAGAGAAAAGAGAAUCUGAAAAUAACAAUUUAAACACUAAUAUUCUUAAUAAAAUUAAUACUGCCGACCACGAGAAAACAAGAACCUUAAUUAAUCAGAGAGCAUCAUUAAGUAAUGAUAAAAGUCUCGAGCAACAACGAAAAGAAGAUUCCGUUAUGUUACCUCUUGUGCAUACUGGAAAAGCAGAAUUACGUGUUCGCAUAGAAAAAAUUCCCACGAAUGAAUCGUCAUUUGUCAGUUCCAAUACUUGGAUGGAUCGUUCUGCCGGGACCAGUCCUUGUUCGAUUAUAUUACCGACGAUUAAAUAUAAAAUGAACGAUGAAAUCGUCGAUAUCAAUGUCACAAAUCUUGAACUCGUCCCGAAUCUCAAUUCCAUUGGAAGAAAAGCAGCUAAUAAUUUAACAGUAAAGAUUAAUCUGAAAAAGCUAGAUCGCGGAAACAAUGCAUCUAUCGAUGAAACAAACAAUUCUGAAGAUAUACCGUUAUACAAUGCGGAAUCUCAUCUGACAUCCAAUGCGCUAAGAAUCGAGAACGACCAAGAUGCGGAAAAUGAAAAAUACGAUCGCACGAAUGAGAUAGCUGUGGGAUCUUUGGACGAGGACGCAAAGUCGCGCGCAAAGAGAAACCAGGAGAUUACAUCUAAGCGCUAUCUUCAAAAUGAUAAGAACGCGAAAGGAUCGGAACAUUUCGAAGUCGGACAGGAAACAUUGAUCGGUGAUAUGAAACGUGAGAAGAAGAGACAUAAAAGGAUCCGCGGUAAUCGUGCCGUGAGAUCGGUCGAAGAAAUUAAGGAGCUUGCUGAAAAGCUAAUCGUCAAGAUAAAUGAAUUACAAGUUUACGUGAGCAAUCAUAAUGAAACCUUGCGGACGAGGGAUUCUUGCUUCGAUAAAAACGCGGAUCGCGCGGUCGAAAAGGAGCCAAAGAUUUCUCUGAAAAAAGACGUUCUGAGGUCUACGUCCAAGAUUGCCGAAAAGCGUAUCGCGAAGCAGGCAGCCUUAGCGAGUAAAAGAGCAUCCCAAAUACGUUCUGGUGGUUCGAGGUUCGCGCGAGGAGAGUCUCGAACGAGGAGGAGAUUGCGUCGCAAAUGGGGCAGGUGGAUGGAUUGGAGCAGCUGUAGCGUCACCUGCGGCAAAGGUCGACAGAUCAGGUGGCGGCAUUGCCUGUACGAUUGCGACGCGGAAACCGAGAUGGAAGAGAAAGCAUGCCAAUUGCCAGCCUGUCCCCCAAGUAAGUUCCUCGGAAUAUUCUGAGAGACUGUUCCUUCAAACGAUCGAAGAUUGAAUAUUCUACAGAAUACCAACGACUUA